CGCGGCAGCAGCAGGCGACACAGGUUGGGGGAAUAACGAGAGAGAGGGGGGCAGUUGACAGUUUACCAGGCGUAAAAGACUGGGAAACGAAGCCAAUAGACGAGCUACAACUUAAAGGACGAAAGCAGCUGUCCGUCAACCUCUCCAAAACGCAGUCAUGUUAUCUUUAUCCGUUAGGAUAUGUUUUUAUUCUGAAUAGGCUAUUAUUCUCCAAUUACAUCGUUCUCUUCUAGCAAAACAUCCCAUGAUAGGAUAGAGUGGAUGUUAUUGUAAUAAUAGCCAUGAAUUCGGCGGAACAGACGGUAACGUGGCUGAUAACGUUGGGGGUCUUGGAGUCACCGAAAAAGACAAUUUCUGACCCUGAAGGAUUCCUGCAGUCUUCUCUCAAAGAUGGGGUUGUCCUGUGCAAGCUGGUGGAGCGAUUGCGCCCUGGUUCUGUUGAGAAAAUCUUCCAAGAACCAAGGAAUGAUAGUGAGUUCCAGAGCAAUAUAAAGGAGUUUCUGAAAGGCUGCGGGUCCUUCCGAGUGGAGCCAUUUGAGGUCAAUGACCUUCUCCAGGGACUGAACUUCACCAAGGUGCUCAACUCUCUGGUGGCACUGGCCAAAGCCACCGAGGACAUAGGAGUGGGCAGUGACUCUGUGUGUGCGCAUCACUCGUCCUCGUUACGGAUCAAGUCGUUUGACUCUCUGAACACUCAGUCUCCCCGCGGACGCUCCUCCAAGCUCCUCCACAACCAGUACCGCAGCCUGGACAUGUCGGAGAGCGGUGGGCAGCGGGUACUGGUGAGGGCCAAGUUCACCUUCCAGCAGACCAAUGAAGACGAGCUGUCCUUCAACAAGGGUGACAUGAUCAGUGUGUUGCGCCAGGAAGACGGCGGCUGGUGGGAGGGCUCGUUCAACGGCAACAAGGGCUGGUUCCCUAGCAACUAUGUCAAGGAGGUCAAAGGCAGCGACAAACCAGUGUCUCCUAAGUCUGGCACCCUCAAAAACCCUGUGAAAGGCUUUGACACACCAGCUGUCAGCAAGACCUACUAUAACCUGGUGCUCCAGAACAUUCUAGAGACCGAGACCGAGUAUUCCAAGGAGCUCCAAAGCCUACUGACCUCAUACCUGCACUCACUGCAACCCACAGACAAGUUGAGCCGUGCAGACGUCAGUCACAUCCUGGGGAAUCUGGAGGACAUCUCUACCUUCCAGCUGAUGUUGGUUCAGUCCUAUGAGGAAUGUACCAGGCUUCCAGAGAGCCAGCAGAGAGUAGGGGGCUUCUUCCUCAACCUGCUGCCCCAGAUGAAGGCUCUCUACAUGGCCUACUGCUCCAACCACCCCUCAGCUGUCAACGUCCUCACAGAACACAGUGAGGAGCUGGGGGAGUUUAUGGCGGGGAAGGGAGCCAGUAGUCCAGGUAUCCUGACCCUCACCACUGGUCUCAGUAAACCCUUCAUGAGGCUGGACAAAUAUCCUACACUAAUGAAGGAACUGGAGAGACACAUGGAGGAGCAUCAUCCUGAUCGACCAGAGAUCCAGAAGUGUUUUACCUCCUUCAAAAGCCUCUCUGCUCAGUGUCAGGAGGUGAGGAAACGUAAGGAGCUGGAGCUGCAGAUUCUAACUGAGACGAUCAGACGCUGGGAGGGAGAUGACAUCAGAACCCUGGGCCCUGUCCUAUACAUGUCACACACACUCUGCCACACACAUGGAUCAGAGGAGAAGAGUGAACGCUACCUCCUGCUGUUCCCAAAUGUUCUCCUACUGCUGUCUGCCAGCUCCAGAAUGAGUGGAUUCAUCUACCAGGGUAAGCUGCCAUUGACAGGAAUGCUUAUCUCAAGGAUAGAAGAUUGUGAGAUGGUCAAAAACGCUUUCGAAAUAUCAGGCAGUACGUGUGAGCGGAUGCAGGUGGUGUGUAACAACCAGCAGGAUUUGCAGGAGUGGGUGGAGCAUCUGUCGAGACACACUCAGAUCAGAAACGCCCCCUCCGUGAUCAUGACCACACCCACCGCCAAGCCCCAGUCUGUCCCCUGCCACACGCUCCCGUCCCAUCCCCUGACCCCCACCAGACACUCAGAGAGUAGGGGUGUAUCUGGGGGCCCUGCCUACCACACCCUACCCCACCCCUCCUCCCACGGGGCCCCUCAAACCCCCCCCAUGUGGGGUCCCCUGGAGCCCCCCAGCACCCCCAAACCCUGGAGCCUCAGCUGCCUCCGCCCCGCGCCCCCACUCAAGCCCUCGGCAGCACUUUGUUAUAAAGAGGAUCUGAGUAAAAGUCCUAAGAGUAUGAAGAAGCUGCUGCCUAAGCGUAAGCCUGAGAGGAAACCUUCAGAUGAGGACUUUGCAACCAGGAAGAGUACUGCAGCUCUGGAAGAGGAUGCCCAGAUCCUGAAAGUGAUCGAGGCCUACUGCACCAGCGCCAAAACACGACAGACACUCAACUCAAGAUCCAGGGAGAAGUCAGGUCUGCACAUGCUCUUCCCUGAGGAGGAGAAGAUCAUCGUGGAGGAGACCAAGAGCAACGGACAGACUGUCAUCGAGGAGAAGACUCUAGUAGACACGGUGUAUGGGCUGAAGGAUGAAGUACAGGAGCUGAAACAGGACAACAAGAAGAUGAGGAGAACCCUGGAUGAAGAGCAGAAAGCCAGGAAGGAGCUGGAGAAGAUCCUGAGGAGAGUCCUGAAGAACAUGAAUGACCCCACCUGGGAUGAGACCAACCUGUGAGUACUCGGGUGACAUCGCAUCAACGUGGUUGUGUUCGGGCUCCACCGUGACUGGACCAAAAUUGUUAACCACAAAGCCAUCUGACGUAACACUGUGGAACACUGAUCUGUCACUGUUGUAAGAGACUGGGUGUGGUCCAAAGUCAAAACAGCCAAUGAAAAUGCAACAUAGCGUCCCUGAAUCACUCUGGAAGACUAUUGGCUGCGACAUGGACCUCAGACCUUUGUGUUGAUCUGGGAUUUGAAAGAGGCUGGAACAAUCACAAUAGUGAAGAUACGUCUGACGUCACUGACUCUGUCUCCUCCCGGGUGCUUCUCAAAGGGUGAUUCCUCUCUACCUCUCCCCUUCUGCACUGAUCUGAAAGCAGGUGAAAACAACAUGGGAAUUUUCUGUCACUUGUACAGUACUUUAACAUCCGUGAUGAGGAAAGGAAGUAAGUUCACACUAUUGAGAUCCAUCCUCUGCAUGUAGAGGAAUAGUCUCAGGGAAUAAUUUCUAGAUACAGUGGCUGCAUCUCAAUAGUGCUUUGCUCUUCUCAUCUUUGCUGAUCUGCACUGGUAUGUGCAGUAGGUCCCUAGUGCCUACAAAGGGAUUUCCUUUCACCUGUCCAGUUUUAUGCAGAUGAAAGACGAGGAAAGGUAGCCACAGUAGACUAUUGAGAUGCAACCCAGACGAUUUUGACAGAUGAUGAUUUUGUCACUGCCUGCAUUACCCUGCUGCCAAGCUCCUCAACACCCCCACCCUCCUCUUAUCCCGCUCUCGAGCAUCUCCCUGCCCAUUCCUCUGAGCCUUGUAGGAGCCUAUGGCCAACACACAGAACAGCAUAACCUCUAGCUCAUUCUGCAUGUUUCCAUGGAAACCUUAGCAAUCCAAUACUGGAAUGUUUUCAGGUGAUUUUUGUGGCUUUCCGAUGAUUAUUUGAAGUAAUCUGGAUGACCUAUUUCUUGUUUGUUACUGUUAUUUUACCGGAUAAUGGACUUUCUAUUUUAAUGCUUUCCUGAAAACACUGUAUUUCUACUUUUGCUUUUCUACUUUGUCACUUAUGAUUUGUACAGAAACGAACCGUCUCAAAUUAAUAUCAUGAAAUGUGCCUUGGGGAAAUUAUUCCAUGAUAUUAGCUUACAUUUCUGGCAGGCUCUUCAGUUUAAAAUACUUCAAAUAUUCCAAUGCAAUAUUGAUUCCAAUGAUGAACACUAAUGUAAACUACUUAUCUAACUAUUUCAGAUUCUAUAUUAUGUCUGUAAUUGAUGUAUUUAAAUGAAAUUGACUGAGAAAGGUAUUGUGCACUCCUUAAGUCUAUUGUUCAGUGAAAACCUCCCUCCAUAUCCCUCUAUUUAUUACCUCUUCCUCUAUCACUCUUCUCAGCUUGUCUCUGAAUUAAACCAGUAAACUGAA